UUGAGUAAUUACAACAUGAGGAACUGGGCAGACAAACCUAGGUGCUCAAUAUGUCAGAAGGAGUUUGUGGACAUGACAAUGAAGGAUCAACACCUGACUUCCCUGCAGCACCGGAAGCGUGUCAUGCAGGUCUUCUAUACCAGGCACAGGACGGCGUGGGCGGCCAAGAAGCACGCCAUCCAGGUCACCACGGAGCCUCCACACGCGCAGGCCGGCGAGAAGAUCAGCAUCGUCGUCAGGGACGAUAAUGCGCCUCAAGUCAACAUCAAAAUCAAGAACGUGACUCGAGGCAACCUCAGGCUCGAGCUCUUCGAAAAACUGCACUCCUGCAGCAACUUGAUACUCAAAGACCACCACGGACUUUGCUCUUCUAUAGUAAAAAUUGAACUUGAACCUGAUGCUGAAUACUGCAUCGAGUUCUCCGCUGUUCAGCCUGGCAAAGGCUGCUAUGAGGUGCCUGUGUUCCUGCAGUUCCGCUGCUCGGGCAAAGACCGGGAGAUAGAGCACCAGAUGUUCUUACUCUGCAUCGACUACCUGACGGAGGACGUGCUCAGCGUGCCUGCUGAGGUCCUCAGCACUGACGAGGAGUCCAAGAUCGAAAAGCGCCGGAAAGCUCCUUCAGUACCAACACCGAAGCUUUAUCUGCCUGGCAGAGUCAUGGAGGGCGGCACUCCUUCAGCUGAAUUCAAAUUUUUGUACCCCUACCCUGAAUAUCUUCGAGAGUUGGUCGUAGUGAACUUCAAUGAAAAAUUUAUUUCCGAUGACCUUCUCAAGCGUGAAUUAUCAAAACUCAAGGAAUUUGGAAGACGUGGUCUCAGAAAAGAAAACUAUCACGAAUGGUUCGAAAUUCAGCUCUGGAUCGAAGAAAUUGAAAGGGAAAUUAACCUUCAGCAUUUCCACCUGGACGGAGUGACAAUGAUCAUUAAUGAAACCGAUCGUAUAGCCACUUUGCAUGUUCCUGGAGUAGCAGAGAAGCACCCCGCUAUUCUGACCGGAGACUCGGUCUUCGUAAGACUGCCCAGCGAGGUGCCGUCUGUGCCAUACGAGGGCAUCGUUCAUGAUGUCGUUUUCAUUGAUGAAACGCUUCAUCUCGGCUUCGGUGACGAGUUCCUCUUCAAGUACAGGACGGGCAUGAAGGUAAAUGUUCAGUUUUGGUUCAGUAGGAGCAACUUCAUCCGGUGCCACGCCGCGCUCCAACACGCCAGCAAGAUUCUUCGUAUUCUGUUUCCGACACCCAGUCUUACGAUAAAUGAAGGGAAAUUGAAAAAAAUCGAAUUUUGCGAUCCCCGCGUGGGCCAGAACAAGAUGCAGCGCCAGGCCGUAGAGGCGAUCGUGAACCGUGUGAGCGCUCCCGCCCCCUACAUUAUUUUCGGGCCUCCUGGCACCGGGAAAACGUCAACGAUGGUCGAGGCCAUCAAGCAAGUCUACAAGCAGAACGUCAACGACAACAUUCUGGUGUGUGGUCCGUCCAACGCUAGCUGUGAUAUUCUCACAGAAGGACUCCUGAAACACAUCAGCGCAAACAAAAUACUGCGAGUGAACGCUCGGUCUCGCGGUCGCGCUGGCAUCUCUGACAAGGUUUGGAAAGUGAGCUCUCAUGAGGGCAACUUUAGUACCAUUCCGACCAUGGACAUGCUGCGCUCGUACAACAUCGUCAUCGCUACAUACUCGACGGCGUACCGCGUCUUGCCGCUAAUGCGCGAGAAGUCAACGGAAUGUGCGUAUACGCACGUGUUUCUCGACGAGUGUGGGUACACUGUGGAGCCUGAAGCACUUAUCCCUUUGCUGGCCUUUCCUAAGAUGGUUGUACUUGCAGGUGAUCCUUGCCAGCUCGGACCUGUCGUCACAAAUAUGAACGCCCUCAAGAUUUCAUUGUUCAAAGGACCAAAAAAAGAUUUACAAAAAGGUUUCCGCAUGGACCAAAGUCUGCUAGAGCGUCUCAUGGCCUUGCCCAUGUACAAAUCCAACGCGGGCCAUUAUAACCAUCAGUACAUCACGAAGCUCGUGAAUAACUAUCGCUCUCAUGCUCGCAUCCUUGAAAUCCCUAACAAACUCUUCUAUGAAGACCAACUUGUUGCCAGAGGUGAUCGUAACGUGCUCAACUCGAUGCUGAACUGGAAUAAGCUUGCAAAUAAGAAAAGCAGGCUUCCAAAUCCUGACAUACCCAUCGUUUUCCACUUCGUCAACGGCAGGGAGGAAAGGAGGGCCAACAAUCCCAGCUUCUUUAAUGUCUUCGAAGUCGCUCGAGUUGUGCAGUACGUGAGGCGACUCAUGCGCGAGAUGCGCGUCAAGCCUGAAGACAUUGGCAUCGUCACGCCAUACCGAGAGCAAAUGAGGAAGAUCCGAGACGCUCUAGAUGCUCGUCUUGGUCGCGUGACAAGCGCCCUGCGUAUCGGCACGCCCGAGGUCUUCCAGGGCGACGAGCGGCGCGUCGUCAUCGUGUCGACCGUGCGCGCCAACCCUGAGCGCCUCAUCGCCGGGGACAACAUCACGGCACAGCUGGGCUUCCUGUCCAACCCCAAGGUAUGGAGGCUUCCUGUCCAACCCCAAGGUAUGAUGGCUUCCUCUACAACCCCAAGGUAUGAUGGCUUCCUGUCCAACCCCAAGGUAUGGAGGCUUCCUGUCCAACCCCAAGGUAUGGAGGCUUCCUGUCCAACCCCAAGGUAUGGAGGCUUCCUCUACAACCCCAAGGUAUGGAGGCUUCCUCUACAACCCCAAGGUAUGGAGGCUUCCUCUACAACCCCAAGGUAUGGAGGCUUCCUCUACAACCCCAAGCGGACUCAGCAGCCGACGCUUUUCACCUCUGCGCAUCCACCCGACGUCGUCGGCUGCAGCAGCAUCCAUAAUAGCAUCCACACCCGCUGGAUAUCUGGCAUCCAUAGUAGCAUCCACACCCGCUGGAUACCUGAGACACGACGCACACCCGUCACUUGUGUGUGA